AUGUUGGGCGGCAAAAAUAGAAUGAGAUAUGUGGAAAGCGAUUAUUACGCAAAAUACCAGUUGGACGGGAAAAUCGCGCAAAAUCUGCCGUCACGCACAUUGCGCCAUAACUGUGCCGAUCUCUUGCCCCGCCGGCAGUCUGACUCGCGUAUUCCGAUGCUCCAACUGCUUCUUCUGUCGUUGACGUCAUCUGCGACGUCGACCCCCUCGGUCUGGUCCUGUCCGUUCGUCAACCCUAUGGGGCCUCUUCCGCCCAUGGACUUUCGCAUGGGCGAGGAGUAAGUCUUUUGAAGCGGUUGUCGCAAUCUCAAAAACUAUUGUAGAAAAAUUCAAAAAAGUUGAACUGAAACCUCAAAAAGGGGUUUUAAAGAUGGCUUCUCUUAGCAUACCGAUAUAAAGUCUUUUAUCAUUUUUGUUUUUUCUUUUAGUUUGAGUCUAAAAUUUAAUCUGAAACUGCGAAGCGAAAAUUUUUUUAACUUCGCUUUUUCCGCGGCGUUAUCAUUGGAAUAAUAUGGGCAAUAAAAAGGGGGAUUUGUGAUAAAAAAGAAUGCCACUUUGAGGACCUUUUAUUACUCUUCGAAUGUUUCCGUCGAAAGUAGACCAUCAACAUCCAAGAAAAAGACAAAAUGUUUAAUGCCGAUAUUCUCGCUUCAACGCUUUUUACCUAAUGAUAUAUAACAUAACGAAAAAAAAAAACUUAAGAAAAAUCAACAUUCGAAAUGUUUUGUUAUUAAAAAUAUCUGAAUUCUCGUAGGAUAGAUUCACAAUUGUUAAACCGUUGUACGGUUUCGAUUUCUUUGAAGAUGUUUAAAAUUUCACUUGAAAUGCUCCGUUUCAAGAGGAGAAUAUGCAAAAAAGUUGUGCUGCGUAAUUCAUUUUUCUUUUUAGAGGUUUUCGCUCCUCAGAACUCUUUUUCCUUUCAUUCUGUAGACGUUUUUGUUUCAGCUGCCCGUCGGAUUCGUUUCUGCACUAUUAUUCCUGCUGCGAUGACAAUCCGUUCCAGUGUUGCUUCCAUUUUGAGACGUGGGCUAUGUAAGUCUUCUUGAUAGAAAACCGAAACAGGAAAAUGAAUUCUUCGAAAAAAAACGCUUCUCAAUUGGGCGAGAAGCUGUCAAGUUACAGUCAGAGGGGAAUACCGUGAAGCGGAGCUCACUAGAGUCUAUUUCUUUCUUGUAUCGCAAUAGACGAGCAAUAAGGCGAGCCAUAAGCUCCGCCCACGAGAAUGUGUUGAGAAAAAGAAGUUUGGACUCAGAAAUGGGUCCCGUUUAAGCUCAAUUUUCUUUUAGAGCAUUUGACUCGUAUUGUCUUUUAAAAUAAACGGUAGGGACCACAGACCUAUUUUUCAAACUCAAGCUAGCUCCUCGUUUUUGUUAUAAAAAUAAUGAUUUUAACAUGUAGUAUGCGAAAACAGAGAACACGGCAUUAUUAUAAUGCCGUGUUCAAAGUAAUUUCCGCGAAAUGCGAAAUUGUCUCUGACCCUCCAAAAUUUAGUUAUCUUUCUCUUUCUCUGACGGCUAUUUUGAAUUUCGCGGAAUCACUUUGAACACGGCAUAAACGUGUGAUCUAAAAACAUAUUUUUGAGAUAGAACAAAAUAUUGGUAUCUUUGAAAGGAUCUUGGUCCUUUCUUAUCGACGUCUUUUAUACUGCCAACUUACUUUACUUGAUGAUUUGUUCCGAAAAAAACCUUACAACGUUAAUUAGUUAAAAUUUUUUUUAUAUUUCUUCAUAAAAAUCCUUGUCGAAAAAAAUUUUUGAUAAUCGAGUAUAUUUCUUCCAUUUGAGUUUAACUCCAUUUGAAUAUGUUUUCACUUAUUCUUACUCUUAAUCAAACUUUUUAACCUAUAGCUUUGAACAGGUCAUAUAAAAAUUUUAUUUGAAAAAAAGUUGAAUCUUUGGUUUUUCAGAGCUCCAAUUUGAGAUGAAUAUUGAAGAACAAUAAGUAUAGAAGCAAUUGGGAGAAUCAGUGAGCGAAAAUGAAAAAAGAGUUUCAAUUCUUUAGUUUGAAUUCUACGAGAAAAAAAAUUUAAAAAAAAAUUAAUAUUUAGUUUGAAGUUGAAGAGACGUUUAUAUGUAGGUUGAUCGAAGGGAGUGGUUUGUAGAGUAAUGUUCGGUGUGACCUGCAUCGUGCUCCUCGCGGUCGGUCUGUUCUUCUCAGGUCGACUUCUCCUUUCUGUACACUAG